AUGUCAUCACUUCCUAGUUCAAUAUUGCCACAAGAAUUAUAUUUGGGAUCAUUUGCUCAUGCUAGAAAUUUCAAAAUAUUUGAAGAAUUAAAUAUUGGAUGUGUUAUUAAUUGUGCAAGAGAAAUACCCAAUCAUUUUCAAGAUGGGAAUAUUAAAUAUUUGAAAAUGGAAUUAAAUGAUGAUACUCAUUUUGAUUUAAUGCCAUAUUUUGAAAAGAUGAUUGAAUUUGUUAGUCAAUUUAGAGAAAAUCAUUCCGAUAAGAGUAUUCUUUUUCAUUGUGCUAGUGGAUGUUCUAGAUCUGCCUCAAUGGUAAUUGCCUAUCUUAUGAAAAGUAAGGAAUGGGAUUGUAAAACUGCAUAUGAAUAUGUGAAGGAACAUCGAAAUAAGAUUAAACCAAAUGAAGGUUUUGUGGAAUGUUUGUUGAAAUUUGAGAAAAUUUUAUAUCCGAAUAAGGAUGUACCUAGUUUGGAUAUUGCUAAAUAUCACGAAUAUUAAAAACCGAAAAAUCCUGAU